AUGAGCCUCCUCGCGUCUGCCCACCCCCCCGGCCAGUACCAGCGCCUCUCCGACUCGUCCUUCGCCUCCGCCUCCUACGACAACCACUCCACCAUGUCCCAUCGCGGCUACGGCCCCAGGUCAGACUCGCUCACCUCGUCGAGCAACUUUGGGCCCACUGCCUCCUUGGCUGGAGGCAGCAUGGUAGCAGGCGGCGUCGCGAGCCAGAACGAGUCCAUCCCCCUGUUGGACUUCACUCCCCCCGGCGCGCCCGGUGCGCACAACUGGGACGACGACGACGACAUGGACGACGCCCUCCAUACAUUCACAGAGGCGGAAAAGAAGGACCUCACUUCGCCGUUCAAUAUCACUUCCUGGCGUGGAUGGGCGAACGGCCUGACGCUGGGUGUGCUUGCUGCAGGCGGGGUCAUGCUUUUCGGCGGGUACCCGAUUCUGACAUUUUACUAUGGCAACAAAACUUCGUCCGGAUCCAACACUGCUGGGUAUAAUCUCGGUGGUAUCAAUGCGUCUGGGCAGUACCCCGAGAUCCCAGGUAUGCCUAGUAUGAUCGACCCCGACACGCCCGACUGGGCCAAGAGCCGUACCGGGUUCGACGAAGGCGAAUGGACGCUGGUGUUUUCCGAUGAAUUUAAUAAAGAGGGGAGGACGUUUUUCGAGGGCGAUGAUCCGUUUUGGACGGCCAUGGAUAUCCACUACUGGGCUACCGGCGAUUUCGAGUGGCUCGACCCUUCCGCUGUGACCACCAAAGACGGACACCUCAUCAUCACCAUGACCCAAGAACCGAUCCACGAACUCAACUUUAAAUCCGGCAUGAUUCAGUCCUGGAACAAGAUGUGCUUCAACAAGAAUGCCUACUUUGAGAUUUCGGCGAGUCUGCCGGGUGAUACGACGUAUGGUGGAUUCUGGCCUGGUAUCUGGACGAUGGGUAAUUUGGGACGACCGGGUUAUGGCGCGAGUACCGAAGGCAUGUGGCCGUAUACCUACGAUUCUUGCGACAUCGGUAUCCUCGAAAAUCAAACCUACGUCAACGGCUCUGGCCCCGCCUCCACCUUGACGACCGGCCUCGAAGGCGCCCCCGUCUCCGUCCUCCCCGGUCAACGUACCUCCGCCUGCACCUGCGAGGGCGAAGACCACCCCGGCCCCCACGUCGGUCGCGGCAGAGCCUCCCCCGAGAUCGAUAUCGUCGAAGCCCAAAUCAUCAUCAGCGAAAAACGCGGUGAAGUCUCGCAGUCGUUCCAGGUGGCGCCUUAUGAUGAUCAUUAUCAGUUCAAUAAUGCGAGCGGGAUGGUGAAGCAGUAUGAUGCGGAUUUGACGUAUUGGAAUACGUACCUUGGUGGGCCUUAUCAGCAGGCGGUGUCGAGUUUGACGAGGCUGCCGAGGGACAUUUAUUAUAACCAGGAUAUCGGAGGGGAUAGCAAGCAGUUUGCCGUCUUUGGGAUGGAGUACAAAGCAGUCCCAGAAUCGCGUGAAGACGGAUACAUCACCUGGUACGCCGACAACAAGACGAGCUGGACCAUGUACGCCGAUGCUGUCGCUGCCAACCCCCGAACGGAAAUCGGACGGAGGAUCGUGCCGGAGGAACCUAUGGCUAUGAUCAUCAACUUGCACAUGUCAAACAACUACCAAGCAGUCGACUUUGCAAACCUCAAGUGGCCGAAUUACAUACGCGUGGAUUAUGUGCGGGUGUAUCAAAAGCCUGAUGCGAUUUCCAUUGGGUGUGACCCCGAAGAUUAUCCUACUGCGCAGUAUAUCGCGGACCAUGCGAAUGUUUAUGCCAACCCGAAUCUGACAACGUGGGCGGAUGCGGGGUAUACAUUCCCCAAGAAUAGUUUGAAGGAUGGGUGUUGA